UAAUUUCACUUUUGGAAAGAAUAUCUAACGACGAAUUUCUACAAGAAAAAAUCAAAUAAAAAUACAAAUGGAUUCCUCGAAUGAACUUUUCCUAAACCUGGAGGAGUACAAGAAGUGCGCCCAGAAAGUAAAGGUAUUAAUCGAGCUGGAAAAGCCUCUGGCCUACUUUAGUGUGUCGCCGGAACGCUUCUAUCAAGGCAAUGCCAGCCAGUUGAGAUCGCUGUAUUACCCCAAGCCGAAGGCCUUUCCCCUGUACCUCAGCGCACCCCUGAAGUGUUCCUACAGAAAGACGUCGAAUCACUUCUACGACGAAUACUUGGAUAAUCUGCUGUACGGCAUCUGCGACAAUAGUUUCGAGCUGCUGUGUCCCUUUGGUAACAAGGGCAGCCACGGCUGGCGGGUUAGGGCCCCCCUUGUGUGCCAGUUGGAGCUGCUCCAGACCCUGAUGUGUACGCCCUUUAGGCCAAAUGAGAACUGGCUUAUAUUGGCCAUUAACUACAGGGACACUGUGUAUCUGUGCCUGGAGAAUCCCGACGAGCAGCCCUGGACGGAAGAUCGGAUGAGGAGGUCCGCCAUGGAGACCAUGCUGAAGCAUCAGGUUUACAAAGCUUUCAACGAGACCCAGGCCGAGGGCUCUCCCGAAGAGUGCUCCGAGUUUAAUUAUAUUUUAAAUUGUCGCCUGAACGAUUUAUCGGUUAUAUAUUCUGCACCCAUUAAUGGAGCCGUCUUUGAGAGCUCAGAAGCUCCCUCGCAUUCUAAAAUCCUGGAAUUAAUGUUUUUGGAGUGCAAAUUGGGAGAGAAACUCCGUCGCAUGGAUGGCGGACUCUUCACCGAGUUGUACAGCCCGGAGGAGGCGCUCAAAUGGUGGACAGAGGGUCAACUGAAGGGUGCCAAGAACUUUAUGUUGGCCCUGGCCGAUCCCUAUGGUCGCGUGCAGAGCCUGGAGCCAAUAUCCUGUGAAAAGUUGUGCAGGGAUUCGAAAGACAAUUGGUCAGCGGACUUUUGCCAGCAGUUUCUCUCGCAGUUCCUGGGUCAAGUCCGAGAGCACAUGAAGAACGUGAACGACCCUAGCACCAUCUACGAGUUCAAUUAUGUGGCCCAGAAGCGGUGCAUUUAUUGGAACAAAGGCUCUGGCCAACGGCUCAGCUUCAUACCCGAUUGGUAUCGUCUGAUCUUGGAGGGUAAUGAAUGAUCUGUUGGGUACUUACUGCCCGAUUUCUCUGAGCUCCAGUUGGACUUGUUAGCUUCUCCACUCUCUCGCCUCAAUUUCCGCCUGUAAUCUGCUUGUUUUCAAGUCUACCCCCGGGGCACUCGGCAAUUUCUGCUCCACGAAAUUGCCACUAAAUCAAAAAACAAAAAAAAUAUACAGCCACAGCAGACACCUACACUUGUGUCUGGUUUGGGGCUCUUUUCCGCUGUGCGUGCCUCCCCCAUUGGGAUUGGACCCGGGCCAAGGAGAUCCCCAAGACCCACACCCAGACCGGGCUUUAAACAUUGAUAAAUAACUAAAUAAUAGAAUAAACAGCUGGCAAAAGGUGUUAAGGCUUUAACUUUAAACUAAAAACGA